AUGUGGGGGGCCAUCUCAGGACCGUGCACGUUGGACGGUGCCUGUGUGCAGAGCCCGAACUAUCCUCAGUACUACAGCAACAGCCAGGCUUGCACGAUCGAGAUCAACGCGGCGAACGCAGCACCGAUAGUCGUGGAGUACUUCAAUGUGGAGUCGUACUUCGACUAUCUCCUCGUCGACGGCUGGAAGACCUUUAGCGGCAGGCGCCGCCGUCCGUCUGGGUUCACACCGUCAUCCAGUAUCUUUUGGUCAUCCGAUUUCUCCGUGACGAGGCGCGGUUGGAGGUUGUGCGAGCCAGAUCGCCGCCUUCUGGAGGAGGCCCCAGCGCCCGACGAGCCAGCCUUCCUGAUUUAA